AUGACAACUAAUGAUCUAAACAAAGAUAGUAAGUUUUUAUUUUAUAGAGAAAAGUUAGGAAAUCCUCAAAACAUAUUAGCUCCAAUGGUAGAUGGAUCUGAUUUAACAUUUAGAAUUUUAGUAAGAAGACAUGGUGUAAAUUUGUGUUAUACUCCAAUGGUAUUAUCAAAAAUGUUCGUUGAAUCAAAGGUAUAUAGAAAUGAAGUUGUCAAUUCUCUUGACCCAAAAGAACGACCAAUAAUAAUUCAAAUUGUUGGAAGUGAUGCAAAUGAAAUGGCUCGUACAGCAAAAUUUCUUCAAAGUUAUUGUGAUGCAAUUGAUAUUAAUUUAGGUUGUCCACAAAAAAUUGCUCAAAAAGGGAAUUAUGGAGCAUAUCUUGCACUAGACUUUGAUCAUACUAAAGAAAUUGUUAAUGCAGUUAUUGAAGCAGUCAAUGUUCCUGUAUAUUGUAAGGUCCGAGUAUUUGAAGAUGAAGACAAAACAAUGAGAUUUGUAGAAAUGUUACAAGAAUGUGGAAUAUGGGGAAUAGCUGUUCAUGGAAGGACUAUAACUGAAAAACAAAGUAUGAACUAUCAUGCUAGAUGGAAUUAUAUUGCAAAAAUAAAAGAACAUUUAAAAAUUCCUGUCAUUGCUAAUGGAGAAAUGAGAAGUAGAGAGAAAAUAGAAGAGUGUAAAAAAGUUACUCGCUCAGAUGGAUAUAUGAUUGGUUUUGGAUUAUUAAUGAAUCCUGGGAUGUGUGAAGGUAUUAUUGAUAAUAAUGAACAAAUAGCAGAAGAAUAUAUUAAUAUUGUAUUUGAAUAUAAAGACAAGAAUUUGGUCAGACUUUCUGAUGUUAAAGGUCAUUUAAUUAAAAUGAUGUUGUACAAAAUUAAACAAAAGAAAGACUUAUUAAAAGAAAUUGGUGAAGCUCGUUCUUUUGAAGAAUGCAAAACAUGGCUUGAAAAAGUAAUAGAAUUAAAUAGAAAAAGGAGUAUUGAAACAUCUGAAAAUGAUAAAGAAAUUAAAAAAGAUAUUAUUUAA